CCGACGGCCAACCGAGGAACUACUACGUCGCGAAUCGACACCUGUGAGUUUCUCGGAGUUUUGCUGCAAUAUACGAUAAUAGUGACUGCUCGCGAUUGACUGGCGACAAAGGCCUUAAAGGAACCAGUUGGUCUACCCGGUGGACUUUUUUUUUUACCAAGAUGGAAAGUUACGAGGACGACGACGACACGCACUUCUGUAUAAAGUGUCACGCUACUGUCAAUGGUCUUGACAAUUACGUGCGUCACAGACAGGCUGGCUGUCAAAGUUCCGAAAAGCAGGAGGAAGUUGGUCGGGACACGCCAUCCACGCCGGCGACCACCUCCUAUCCGGAAAUACUGAACGCCGACGCGUUCUUCAGCUCCCUGGAAUUGCAGAGCAGCUCGAAAAUGAACAGCAGGAGAAACGAGAGUCUGAUUGAACGCGGUAAGAAAUUGGGUCGACCCAGGGGACGAAGGAAGAUACGUAAGAGUAUCGAGGAAAAUGAGGGAAAGGAGAAGAUACAUAUGCUCCCUGUUGUUACGGACCUGGACGAUCCCACCGAUCACUUCGGUAUACCGUCGUUGGUGGGAUUUCCGGAUAUCGUAAGUGCUUCUGGCAAAGCUGGGACUUCCGGCAAGAGCUGCGCACAGCAGAUGCACAAUACGAAGAUGGAGAACUCUGGGUUCAAUAAUAAAAGCGAGAACAUGGCUGGGUCCAGUUGUUUGGAGACUUUGAUUGGGACCGAGGUGAAGCAGGGCGAUAGGAAGCGAAUUGAAGAUUCCCAGAGGAUCGAUCAGGAUCAGGUCUGGUUAGAGGAUACGAUCCUGGAGGAUCUGGUUACUCAGGACAACAAGGAUAUGACGCAUAGUCAGUUCACGGAGUACGACUAUCGGCAAGAUGACGACUCCGUGGAUGAUAGUGUUGACGAUAAUCUUCCUGAGGACGACUCCUACUCGGAUACCGAUGAUGAUCGUCAGGAUUAUCCUCCCAGAGGACAUACUGGUGGCAAAUGGAAACCAGGACUGUCCAGUAGUCCUCCUCGGAGCAUGGUACAAGUUACGGAAGAAGAUGAAGAGGCUGAGGAUAAUCCUGAGCAUCCGCCACCAUCGUACACGGGUGGCAAGUGGAAGCCCAGUGACAAUUCUCCGAGUCAGAAGGAAGACGAGGAGCAGGUUAAGGAAGCUGGUGAACAGCCACCGCCAGGACAUACCCGUGGCAAAUGGGUUCCAGGGGCGAGGACGGAUAUCGGUUCAGGAUAUUGGUGUAGUCCUUGUGGCAGGAACUUGGCGUCGCGCCUGGUUUAUAACAGGCACUUGCUCUCGGACCUUCACGCCAGAAGGAGCAUUCAGGAGUUCGACGGUAACAUACGUCUACCACGGAGAACAGGACCUCUUUUAAGGAAGAAGAGUACCAGUCGCCGUCAGAGAAUAUUGGCCCUGAAAGCUAAACAGGCCAGUGACUCCGUUGAGAACAGCGAUCGCAAGAGGCUUCGUAAAAGGGAAAAGGAAAUCCUGUGGUGCGAGAUGUGCCACGCCAGGGUGAGACGAGCGCAAAUGGGGAAGCACUUGCUGUCCCAUUACCACUGCCGCGUGGCAGGUGCGAAUCCUUGCGGUUCCAAGGAGCGGAAGUUCAUCCUUGACAAUAUGGCUAAUAUCGUGCGUCAAUGUCCUUUCCAAUGCGCGGCAUGUCGCUUCUAUUGCAACACCGAGGAGACAUUUCUGCGGCAUUGGAAAUCCACCUUUCAUAAGGACAUACAUAGUAAAAUAAGAGGUAGCUACCAGUGCACUUCCUGCGACUUUUGGUGCGAUGCGAGCGACGACAUGGAAACGCACUUUAAGAGUUCCGCUCAUUGUGACGUAGUUUCCGUGAUGAAGGACUCGGUGCCCGUUGUGAUACGUCGACAGAUUCCAUUAUCCUGUAGCUCCUGCACUCGUCACUUCCGUUACAAUAUUCAGCUUCGUUUUCAUGCGCGCGACACGGGUCACGAGAGCGUGACAGGGUCCGACGAGUAUCAGCAGAGGAUACAGUGUAAUCUGUGUCCUCAGGUUCUUCGAUCUUUCAUUUCUCUCCAGCGGCACCAGUUAACCAGCCACUCCAAGGAUCAGGAUCAGGAGCUGAACGAAGUCUCGAAGCCAGCUCCCUACUUUUGCUCCUUCUGUUCACUGAAGUUCAGCAGCGCCCAGGAAGCUGUUCAGCAUCGUCGAACGUCGCGACACAAGGAAAUCGUAAGGCUGCAUAAAUCCCAAGGAUCGGCAUCACGUAGAGUGCGCGAGUGUCCCCAUUGCGGAAGGAGGCACGUCAGUUUGUCCGAGCACAAGGAGCACCUUCUUCGUAGCCAUCCUGAACUCUGUCACAGAUGUCCUAGGUGCGGCAUGCUCUUCGCUUUACCGCAGGACGUGACCAGACACACCAAGGAUCACUCCUGCUCCGAUGAAGGACGUCCAGACGAGACGGAGCUGCAUUUUAAGUGCACCAGCUGCACCUUCGGCACGAAUUCACGCGCCGAAUUCCUCUUCCACGAGGCAUUACACGCUGGUAGCUUCGAGGACGAGGAGCGGAAUCCCGAGGAGGGUGUAAAGGCGCCGCGAAAAUACAGAUGUCCCGAGUGCAAGAAAUCGUACAGCAAGGUCUCCCUCAGGAAUCACAUAAGGAGUCACACGGGAGAGCGUCCCUUUCCGUGCGCCAAGUGUCUGACAUCCUUUUCCCGAAGAUCAGCACUGAACGCACACCAGAAAGACUGUCUGUUCGCAUCCUGCACCACUUCCGGUUCUGGAUACCAAGACGAGACCGGAAGACGUAGAAAUUAUAUCUGCGCGGAGUGCGACAAUGGCUUCUACACCAAGGUGCACCAGCAGUUGGAUAAGCCGAGGCUGUUCAUUACGUCGUGUCGGCCGAACGAACCACCAGGCGUCUUGUAAGAGCAGGUCUGGUUAACGCAGUAGAAACGGACGGGAUCGGUGGGUGGAUGGGUAGGUGUAACCGGGAUGGUGGGAGUAGGUUAGGGUUAAGGGUAUAUAUACUUAGGUAGAAGAGAGCGGCAGAGGGGGAGGGACGGAGCCGAUUGCGGAUGGUAAGAAAGAAAGAAGGUAAUUACGAGACGGGCAGCUCCCGCGCACUGGAACGUCCCCAAUUCUAAGAAUACGCGACCGGCCGGGAUGUAUGCGCAUAUUCAAGAUAGUAUGUUACAUACGCGCGCUACUGACCGUACGUUUCACCCUGCAGUCUUCUUCUUCUUCGUCCUCGCCGUCGUCGUGUAGUACCCUACGUAUGUGCCUUCCCCAAGGUAUUUACAUAUAUGGACCGCGGUGUGGCGCGCGCGUAUCUUUUAUCUUCCGUUGCAGUAAUGGCGCUCCGCGUCCGCCUCCUUUCGUACCGGUCAGGUAUGUACCCGCGUACACGUAGAUACGCAUACUGGGUGAUCCGCGAAACUGUGCAUACUGCCUUCGAGAAGGCUUAUGGGGUCAGGAUAGAGCCUGGUUGGUUUGAAGUAAUUAAAAAAAAAUAAUAAUAGGGGAUUCUUCGAUAUUGUACGUAACCAUUGUUAUUAUUUUGGAAAAUAAUUCCGUGAUUGAAAGUUUUUAUAAGUUCGAAAGUUGGGCUUGGUGGUUUUUACUUUUUACGGAUCACCCCAUAGACACCCUUAAAUAGCUAGGACCCAUCGGAGUCGAUGCCGAUGGUGGUGGCGACGGCGGGUUCAGUGGUAUGCGUGAGAUCUGCAUGGCUCUGAAACAAUGCAAUGCUGUUUGGCUGGCCGGUAAGUGUUGGUUAGGUGGUGUCCCUAGGCCGUAGGAUAUGCCGCGGUACGGGGCUACGUCGAGUACAGUGUGGUAUGGUUUGCUAUGGUUCGGUAUGGUGGCACGCGGUAAGCACGGCCCCGUGUAUGCAGACAGUUUAGUGGUGACCGCCCCGCGAGUCCAGUUGUCGCGUGAAAUAUUGCGAUUCAUAAAAUAAAACAGGCCUGCGGUCGAGGACGCGCAGAUAUAGCUGGCACGGCCGCUAACCAUCCUGACCAACCUCCACCUCCUCCUAUCGUCCUCCACAGCGGCUCCUCUUCUUCCCGUGCUUCACUCGCGGACUCCCAGGGACUCCUACCUCCUCUUCGCUGAGCCCCUUCCGUACCUCCUGGUACCCUGUCUAUUCGUGGACCCCCCCCCUGCACGAAGCGUCGCCAAACCGCAGCCAUCGCAUCGCAGGACGCACCGCGUCGUCGUCAGGACAACCCUUUAUUUUUUAUUUAUUCCAUAUAUAUUUCUUUUUUGUUUUUCGUGGUCACCCCAGUGCCGCGUCAUGGGUAUCGUACGGAUGCGAGUAUGGGACUGGCGUAGGUAUAUGGAGAACAGGAUAGAGUGGGAAGAAGGUACGUAAGGGUUGAUGUAGAGGAGGCUGAUUCAUCCCUAAGGACGUUCUUCGGAAAUGCUAGCCAAGGAAGUCCUGGCCCAAAGGAAGACGCGGAUUCCUCCUUUCCUCGGUGAAAUUAGCGAGUGACAUGUUUAUUGUAAAUGAAUCCUACUCCAGCGCUCCGGGAUGGGGCGGGCUGGGUCUGCUGUACUGGUACGGGGGUAGUUUUGCUCGCGCUGGGGCUUCCGAUUUAUGCGCCCGUUACCGAGCCCUCUGGCGCAAUUAAGCUCGCGUUAUAAUAUUGUUGUUUAUUCUGAGCCUCGCCUGCGAAGCGUUAACCACCCUCCAGCCAGUGAGCCACCCACCUAACCAGCAGCAGGCCAGACCGGCAGGAGGUGGAGGUGGGAAGCAUCCCCUGGAAAAGCAACCUCGAACCAUCCUCUACCCCCCCGCCCCAUUUGCCACCCUCAUCGAGGGAGCGUAACAGCCCCACGUACCCCUAAUCUUCCUGACGCGGCAGCCACCUUUUCGUCCGCCCUACUCUUUCUCCUGCCGUUAACCGACAACGCCAGGGCGUCGCGCAUUGCGGACGAAACAGAGCUCAUCAAGCCUCCUCUUCUUGCUCGAGGCUUCCUUCUAGCCGAGGACGUGGCAUUUCGUAGAUUUGCCCUCGUGCUCAUCCUGCCUCACUCGGGGCGUCCAUGUUUACUUCGGAUACACAUACGGACGCGAGCGCCACCUUUGAUUGGCUCUAUUAAUUUGAACUUAUUCCGACAUAGUCACGUAUCACGCUAAUGAAACGGGCCGUGAGCUCGCUGAGCGCGCACCACCCUCGACAAACAACGGCCAACCUAACCUAUCUCGUAUGCCUUUUCUUUUCACCCGCCGUGUAAACGAGUAAUAGUCGCCAAUUCCGUGAAACGUUCCUGCCAACUGGGAACAACCUCACGUUACGGUCUUACGAUCCGACCUAACCUCAAAUACGACACUCUCGACGGAUUCCUUCUGGCGUGGCUAUGUUCACGGCUACGGGAUUCCAGGAGGCCAACGUGCUUAUACGUACCUGGCAGUGUUACCGUCGAUGGAUUGGUUGGUAUAACUGCUGCAGGAAAAUGGCGAGGCAUGUGAUCUCCUUCGUAUAUAAGGAUGCGCCUCAGGAGGUAUCUCGAUGGUACAGGUGUAGCUGGGACAGGAACGCUGGAACGCUGGAACGUAUAAGGUACCAAUGGACGAAGGUGGGAUUGAGUUAUGACAGCGAUGCUCCAGGGGGCCGGCUCUGCCGGCCAAGCGGAUAUUCUUCUUAUUCUUUAUUUCUUCUUCCCAGUCGAAGCCACGUCGGCCAUGCAUCACCUUCGGCUCAGCUCGGGUUCGGCCUCUUCUGCAUCGGCCACCAUUCCGACCGUCCCAGCCAAUCUUCGAUUCCACCCACUUCUCUUGGAUUAGAGAAUUACUAUUCGGGACUCACCUUGAUGAAUAAUUGGUCUGGCUCCGUUUCAUUCGAGGAUGACGAUCCAAGGACCUGAAUUCAUUCGGCUCGUCCACGCUCCUCGUCAAAACAAGCCUUUCUUUAAUCUGCGUUAAACGACGCCCGAGUCUCUUGCGAUUAUCUUUAUCGUGCUCGGUACACUGAAUCAUGUCCUGGACUGACUUUAUGCCGUAUCCAUAACUGGUAGCAUUGGCGGGAUAUUUAAAAAACCAUAAUUAUGUGCAUACGUUAUUACAGAGAUAAUUAACGCUCGCGCCUGCUUACUCUUUGUACACAAGAAGUCUAAGGGGUGCUUUGUAAAUAAAAAUGUAUGGAACCAAGGGGGACAGGUUCAAAGACCCAACGAAGGGUGGAUAUCCAUAAGGAAGGGGGUGGAAG